AGGAUCUCAGGUUCUUCUAUGUAAUGCGCCCCUUCCCCUCUAGUACUAUAAUCGAUCCCAUAAUUAGUAUUCAUGACAUGUUUUCUCCACCAGCUUCUCGCCGUUUCUUUCAGUAUGAGUUGGUGUUGGUCUAUUUGGUCGAUUUAGACUAGUUUCGUGUCGGUAUUACAUCGAUAUAAAUAUCGUUUCUCUAUGCAUGCUGCAAACUACACCCGCCAGGAAGUAAGUAAAAUGUUGAAUAAGAACGACCGGCAGGGGUAUCCCGCCGCAGCUGCGGCCGCGGGUGCGCGACGCUUGUGUCACUAUUCCUUAAUAUUUUCACUUUUUAGUACAACCAUUACCGCACUAGCUUCACCAACACCAUCAAGGAUAUCAAGUAGAACUUCCUCCAGUGCAGACCAUGAUCCUUCUACGAAAACUAGCAAAUUUCUACCUCCAACAUCUAGAUCUACUUCAUCCUCACCUAGCAUAAUGAAGAAAGCUGCAGUGGACGUUUCUUCAGAAGGCGGCAUGAUCUUGGAUGUAGUAACACCGACAUCAACCUUCAGUAGGACGCGUUCUCUCCAAACUCUCGGUGUCGGCUCUUCGAUGCGCUUCGUGGAAGUGAGCAACAAAGUCUGCUAUCUGUGCGAGCCUUCGUCCUUUGAGUUGGUAUCCGACGAAUUUGCCGGAAAAAGAUGCGUGAAGGAAUCCGUAACCCGUUCGGGCGAUAUCGUCACGGAGUACAUCUUCAGCAAGCAACUUGGUGCAGAGGAUAACGUCAUGAAAAUCGAAACCUUGGAACAGUGCGUGGCACAAGGAGGUACUGCUGGUUUGAAGUAGCUACAAUUGAUAGAGAAGACCUUGAUGGAACAUCAAUUAUGCGUGGAUCAAGGAGGUAAAUACAGAAUUCUCAAAUUCUCCUCGCAGCAUAAUUGGUGCUUAGCCUUAGCAAGAAGUGAAGAAAGUGAAUACACGGUCGCCGUCGCGGUUACUUCACUCUUCAUUCGAAUCUUCCAGGUACAAAAAUCAUUAGUUAUGUCGUAGGGGCUACGACCUGCAGCUGCACGUGCACCGUGAUAGCGAUGAAUCAAGCUUACCUCCAGUUAUUUUCACUUCACCUCCCCGUCGGACUCACACUCAGUUAUUUUCACUUCAUCUCCCCUGUCCAGUUAUUUUCACUUCACCUCCCCUGUCCAGUUAUUUUCACUUCAGCUCCCCGUCCAGUUAUUUUCACUUCACCUCCCCUAGAAUCUAUGACCACAUCACAGGCAACCGUCUCCUGACUGAGAAUCGCUUUUGCAGAGACGUGAGUCUAGAAGCUUGGUCCAGAGCCUAUGACAAUGACGUCAUGUGUCUAGCCUACAAGCGUGAAUUCGAGCCUACCUGUUGUCGCCUCCUUGCCCAAGAGCGCUGUGACAUCUGUGGAAAUCCCCAGAAAGGGGACAACGUUGGACCCCUAGUGGAAAGCAGGCAAAGUGGCCAAACUUGCUUGGCAGAGAAUGGGGAGAACUUAAUCCUAACUGGGUUCGUGGAGCAGAGGUUGUACCCAACGGCGAUGCGGAAACAGUUUUAUCGAACACCGAAUUUCGACACUGGCGAAACCUCGAAUUUGCCUCCUCACGUGGGUGCGCGCGACACCUAUACAUUGGAAGACGGGGUCCAUGUGGUGCAACUGACCGUGGAAAAAGUAGAACGAACACCCUGCACGCACAAAGGUGGAACCCAGGCGCGCCCGUACAGAGCGGUCACGGCGUGCACGACGAUACAGCAAGUCUACGUGCGAAUCGAAAAUUGUGCGCCGAAUACCUUGUACAGAUACGAGAUCUUCCAGCACGUGGAACCGAAUCCGCACACACUGAACACAACCUAUGACAUCUCGAUGGAAGUCAACAACGUAAAUCACGGAGAUCAACCGGUAGGGGGAUCAGGUACAAGAAUAUGAAAGGAUUUUGCUGAGAUUAACAAGAUGAACAGGAACAGGAAUGCGAAUGUUGGUAGUAAUUACCAGCUGCACCUAUAGAUGAUAACAAGAUGAACAAAUAGAGUUCUAGUACUAGUACUUACCAGGUGCACCUAAACGCCUGUUUAUACUCAAACUACAUUCUUAAUCUUAUUCUUCUGCAACUGAAACUGAAUUGACGACCUUGGUAAUUUCGAAUACAAAUUUGAUCUCCUGCAGCUUGAUGAAUGCCUUUGGGAGUCGUAGUCUUUUGUGUCUUCGCCUUAAAAAAUCGCCAACUUCAACUUCCCCACUCGACCAGGUCGCGAAUUCCAGAACUACGUGUCUAGUCAUUACAACACGCCCAACAAGUUCGGGUAUCAUCCGAUUUGGAACGCAAUUAAGGGUGUGGACAUCAAAGACCCCUUCAAUUUGCCUCGACCUAGGCAAGAAGGGUAUGCUAUCGCCAGCAUGGAAGGCGUGAUUAUUAUGCGUAUGUUCGCGAACACUACGUUAAGGCUCAAAAUUAUUCAUUUAGUGUGAGUGCUAUAAGUGUGAGAGUUGAGAGUUGCUCAUUCGUCUGCACCCGAAGCACAACAUUCUCUUCAAGGUCAAGAUCAGUGGUUAUGGUUAAUAUGUGGUCAACAAUUCUUUAAAUUCAUACAUUUACAACUACAAUGGUCAACAACUACAUUCUUCUCACUCUGUUAUAGUUUCCUUCUACUUGAGAACUACAACAAUGAAUCGGAACAAGAUUAAUAGAUGAUGAACUGCAGAUAAUUAUAAUAUUGAAAUCAUGAAUGGUCCACCUCUUCUUGAGAAACUGGAUCUUCUUCUAACUAUGAGGGAUUCCAUUCUUCUAUCGGGGUUGAACUUGGAACGGGUGAGCAAUUUGGGGAGGUCGACGGUGGAAACGAUCAUUCCGAAUUCGCCAUGGCUGCGACAGCGGACGCCACCGCAAGUGCGGAUAAACAAGUAUGACCAGGAGAACAGGUGUAUCCUGGAUGGCGGAGCGACCCUUGGAGGGCCAGUCACCUGUGAUGAAGUGCAAUACCACUGGGCAAGCAAUUUCAGGGAAGGCUCUGAGGGAUGCAAGCAUUUACAAAAACAAUUUCGGGAUGGCUAUUGCGAUCGAUCAGUAGGAAAGAGGAGAGCGGUGCUAGAAUUUUAUUAAAUUUUGAGAAGAUGACCUUUUGCAUUUUUUGAUGCACCUUGUUCAUGUUCUCUCCUAAGAAAAAAUUCUCUUAGCAUCUCGUCUUUGCAUGUAAAACAUCAACAUGUUUUUGUACUACAAAUGCGAUAGCGUCGAUUCCACAUCCUGACAAGAAGAAUAUUUAUCAAAAAAUCAAAUACAAAUCUCUACUCAGGGUUGUUGUCGUGGUGGCGCCCCUCCACCGGAGUAUUGUGAUUACCUCGAAGCACAAGAAGCAGCACUGGCUAGACAACGUGCAGCAGCGGAUGAGGAGGAGCCUCGUGAUGUGGUCGGCGAGAUCCUAGGCAUCAUCACGAUCGUCCUAGUCGUCGUUGGCAGCAUUGUGUUCUACUUCUUCGGCAGGACUAUCCUGGCGCAAUUGCGAACGUUUAUGACACAGGAGGAGAAUCGUCAAUUCUUCGCUAGAAUGCGUGCGAGUGCGGAGUAUGGGACUAAGAUCGCGGAUGAACAACAGCUGGCUGAAGCAAGGGCAACAGAGAAUAAAUCCUCUACUUCGACAAAGAAAGAGCAAGACGGAACCACGUCAACAGCCAGCGGAACGAGUGGAGGAGGCGAUGGAACCUCAACAACGACUACUGAGUUAGCGCCAAGGCGGGAUGACGAAACGGAAUCCCAAUUUGCGGAUCGGCAAAGUAGGCUUGAGGCAGCUCAGAAGCGAAGAGCAAGGAAGAAGCGAAGAGCAAGGAAGAAACGAAGAGCCGCAAGGAAAGCUGCUGGUGAAGAUGGGGACGAUGCCGAGAGCUCAUCUCGGACCGGUACGAGUGAAGGAGGAGCAAGUGAAGGCUCGGGCAGUGACGAUGGAGACGGGUCUUCGAGUAAAAGAAGCUCCGAUGAGGACGGUUCUGAUCCAUCUGGCAGUUCUGAUGACGAGGAUGCAAACGACGAAUACCAUCUGUCUAUGGAUGAAGAAGCAAAAAUGAAGCGAGCACGCAGACACGCGAGAAAGAUGCAGAACGUCGCUGAACGUCGUGGAGCCCGUAUGAGUGAACUCGCGUCAGAAUUUUACACAUCAAGGGGGUAUGAGAACGGCUGCGUCAACGCGAGACCGGCAGACACGCGGGAUAGUGUGGAAGGCACUAUUCAGCGAAUGCGCGAGCGAGAAGCGGAGAGUGCACGUCGACGAGCAAAGAUGGCGGGUCGACCAGGGGAAUUGGAUAUGAAUUCGAAAGUCCGCAAAAAAUCCUCUAGGAAAGCAGACCAAAAAGAGUCCUCCUUGUCGAAAAAGGGAGGUAGGAAAAGACCUGCACCGCUAGAAGAUCAAAAUAUCAAGUAG